GUCGUGGUGCCGCUGCUUGGGAUGACCACAGUGCCGCAGCAAGCGACGUUCAGUGUAUAUGGGACGAUAUUCAAGGUGGACGUGCGGUACCAGUUCAUCGCUGCCCUUGGCCGAGGGUCGUACGGUAUCGUGUGUUCUGCCAAAGACGUCGUCACGGGGGAAAAGGUAGCCAUCAAACGAGUGGCUCCCAUGGCUCGCAAGCACAAUGAUGCCAAGCACACAUUGCGCGAGAUUUGCCUCAUGCAAUCGUUAGGCGCCCACCCAAACAUUGUGGGAAUCAAAAACAUGUCGGUGAAUGUUGCGGACGAUGAAUUGUACAUUGUCAUGGACUUUAUGGACACGGACAUGCACCGCGUGAUUCAAAGCAGCCAGCCGCUGUCCGAGUCCCAUUACAAGUUCUUCUUACACCAAAUCCUCCGCGGUGUCAAACACCUCCACGACAACGGCGUGCUUCACCGAGAUCUGAAACCUGGAAACAUCCUCGUCACCAAGAAUUGCCAAGUGAAAAUUGCAGACUUUGGGCUUGCCCGCAGCGUGCCUAAGCGUGUCCCACCUAAGCCCCGGCCAGCUUCUGCGGGUCCGACUAAAAAGGAACCACCCGAACCUGACUGGCAGCCCAUGACCGAACAUAUUGUCACCCGAUGGUACCGCGCGCCGGAACUUAUGCUGCAGCCCGAUGGCCAGUACAGCACUGGCGUGGACAUGUGGUCUGUCGGGUGCAUCUUUGCCGAAAUCUUGGGCCGUAAAGCCGUGUUUCCAGGCAAGAAUUUCAUCCACCAACUCACGUUGAUCUUUGACGUGAUCGGCACGCCGUGCGGCAACGACGUCAAGAAAAUGAAAAGCUCGCAGGCCCAGCGCUUCAUUAAAAGCCUGGGCAAGAAGGCCAAAGUGCCGUUCCGGACGCUGUUCCCCACCGCCAGCCCCGAUGCCAUCGACCUCCUCGAGAAGCUGCUACAGUUUGACCCCCACACACGAUGCUCCGUGGACGAAGCUCUCGCCCACCCGUACAUGCAAGGCAUCGAUAAACGAUACGCGUACAAGGACAUUGCCGUGCCGGCAGGGAGGAUGCACAUGUCGUUUGAGUCGCAAAGUUUAUCCAGAAACGACCUCGUCAAACUGAUUCAACAAGAAGUGCAUGCGUUCCACUCGAAUGCAACAGCAGACGACUCGACGUCGUCCCCAAACACAGCAGCAGCGGCAAUAACCAACCUCUCCACUGCUGCCUCCACUACGUCCACAGCCCACCAAACCCCCGCGGGACUGCGGACUAUUCAUGCUCUAUCGAGGCAAUCCACCAUCACAGCUCAGCAUACGAAAAUACCAGCUAAAGAGACAGACCGUGUAACGUGCCAAAACCUCGAUCUCAUGAAAACCAUGCUGGGUAGUGCCACCCCCUCUAUUUCAACCUCCAGCCAAAUAGUCACUGCGAAGAGCCCCCCACGGGGAAGCGGCCAAGCUACCCGUGUCAGCCUUCCGAUGACCCAAAACAACGACGCCGACGAAGGGGCACCACUAGACGCUGUGCAUGUCGUGGGCCUGACGUCGCUGCUCGCCCGAACACGCCCCACCAGUGCUGCCCACACCCGACCCACUCCUGCCACCCAACCGCCCGUCUUUGCCUCGACUGGUCAGCCCACCACAACGCUGCAGACAACGUCGUCGAUGAGGCCUACAAGUGCGGCUCGCACACGUCCGCCCAUUGUGAUCCCCACCCACGCAGCCGCGGACGUUCAACCGGCCCAGUCGUCAUCGUCAUCGUCGUCUUCGUCGGACGACGAUAGGCCCCCUCGCCCGUCCGCCGCUCGCAUGGCAGCAGCCUCCACGUCGACCUCGUCCGCCCGCCCCAAGUCUGCGCCUGGACGCACGGCACUGCAAAAGCACUCUACUCCGUGUGUUGGCUCCACCGCAUCCCUUAUUCGAUCUACGCAACAGCUCAGGAAACCGUCGCACCAGGCAUCAGCAGCACAACAGCCCCCCCAACCACCCACCGCCAACCGCCUACCCGAAGGCCAGCAAGACAACGACCUCGAGCCAGCAAAAAAGGGCAAAAAGCUCACGGUCCCCAGAAGCCCCAAGUUUUCAGUCAUGUCGUGGCAGAAAACUCGACCGGCCACCGCCAAGCCAGGGAAACCCACGACCACACGAGGGGGUGUUAAAAAGCGAUAGUAAACCACCAAGUCACCACG